CUCUGUCUCCUCUCCAUGGCCGCCACCGCCUCGCCGCUCCUCCUCCGAGCGCCGAGCUCCGCCUCCAGGGCGUGGCUCCGCACCGGCGGAAAGGCGUCGUCUUUCAGAGGUAGCAAUAGCAGGGCGCUGAGCUGCACGGAGGCGCCAUGCCGCUGCAACGCUUCCACAGGAAGCGCGGCGCAAUGCGGAGGGGCUGACGACGGCAGCGUCGUCGUCUAUGGCAGCAGCGGCAGCACCCGGAGGGGCAUGAUCGGCGCGGUGGCUCUCGGGGUGUCGUCGUCUGCGCUCUGCCUGCAGGCCGCGCUCGACGCCGUCGCCGGCGGGCUGCCGCCGGAGGAGAAGCCCAAGCUCUGCGACGACGCCUGCGUGAAGGAGCUCGAAAAUGUGCCUAUGGUGACUACUGAAUCUGGUCUGAAGUACAAGGAUAUCAUAGUCGGCCAAGGGCCGAGUCCACCCAUCGGUUUCCAGGUUGCUGCAAAUUGUGUCGCCAUGGUACCACCUGGGCAGAUAUUCGAUAGCUCACUGGAGAAAGGCCAGCCCUACAUAUUCCGUGUGGGCGCAGGGCAGGUGAUAAAGGGGCUCGAUGAAGGGCUCCUGACGAUGAAAGUUGGGGGAUUGCGUCGGUUGUACAUACCCGGUCCGUUGGCAUUUCCUAAGGGCCUUACUUCAGCUCCUGGAAGGCCAAGAGUGGCCCCAAGCAGCCCCGUCAUAUUCGACGUCAACCUAUUGUUCAUACCAGGUCUUGAUGAUGAGUGAAAAUAAUUAUAGCAAACAUUUUACAGGAGGAAACUGAAGCCAACAUUUACUGUUUUUGAAUUACCAUGUAUGUAGAGUGACAAUUGUUUCCGGCAGAAAAUUAUAUGGCAAGUACAUAGCAACAUUGGGUGGUGAA